AUGCCCAUUGUUCUUCCAACUGUUGCAGCUACUGUCUACCUGGCAUAUCGCCCUAGAGCCACAUACCUUGUUGACUAUGCUUGCUUCCGGCCUAGCCCCAACUAUCGAUUCCCAAGGGCGGCCUUACUCGAGCAUGCACAUAUGUCGACCUUCCUUGCCGAUUCUACCAUUAACUUCAUAGCACGAGUUCUUGAGCACUCCGGUCUUAGUGAUGAGACUUGUGUUCCACCGGCACUUUCUUACAUUGAGCCAUAUUGUAGUCUGGAUGAAGCCCGCGCCGAGGUAGAACUGGUCGUCUUCUCAGUGGUUGAUGAUCUACUGGCUAAGACGAGGAUUGACCUUGAUACGAUUGACAUUCUGGUCACUAACUGCAGUGUCUUUUCACCGGUUCCAUCGAUCGCCGACAUGAUUGUCAGCAGGUAUAAGCUGCGAGGUGACCUUCGCGUAUCAACCUCUCUGGGGAUGGGUUGCAGUGCAACAGUAACUGCAGUUGGGCUUGCAAGGAACAUCUUGGAGGUCAUGCCUUUUGGAUCGCAAGCGCUAGUGGUGUCAACGGAGACCAUCGGACCCAACCACUAUGCGGGUAACAACCGCUCCAUGCAGUUGGUUAAUAUCUUGUUCCGCAUGGGCGGUGCAGCCGUCCUGUUAUCGAGUUCUAGGUCCAAGGCUAGGUUCCGCCUCACACAUGUUGUGCGGACGAUCACUGCUAGCGAUGACAAUGCCUACCGGUGCGUCUACCAAGAGGAAGAUGACGAGGGAAUCAAGGGCGCCAAUCUGUCAAAGAACCUCAUGGCUAUUGCUGGAGACGCUCUCAAGGCCAACAUCACGGCCAUGGGGCCACUUGUCUUGCCUACAUCAGAGCUGAUCAAGUUUCUUCUUGUCUCCUUGGCGAGGAAGGUGUUCCUUGGGAGGAGGAUAAGGCCUUACAUUCCCAAUUUCCGUACAGCGUUCAAACACUUCUGCAUCCACGUUGGUGGACCAGCGGUGAUCAGCUCGGUACAACGUGGCCUUAAUCUAUCCGAUGAGCAUGUCGAGCCUUCACGAAUGACACUGCAUCAAUUCGGAAAUCAGUCAAGUGCAUCUGUGUGGUACGAGUUGGGAUACAUAGAAGCCAAGGGUCGAAUGCUAAAAGGUAAUAGGGUCUGGAUGAUUGGUUUCGGAGCUGGAUAUGAAUGCAACUCCGCAGUGUGGGUGUGCAUCCGUACAUGUACAUCUCACGGUGACCAUGGGCCAUGGGCUAGUUGCAUCCAUCGAUACCCACUAGAUGUGCAGAAAUAA